AUGACCGAUUUAUCCCUCGAAAUUAUCCGGCACGCCAUUGCAUCAUCCAAGGAAAAUAACACUCAGGUUCAAGAAGAGAAUAGAAUUAUCCAUGAUAAAUGGACAUCUUUUCCACAAAAUAUCAAAUAUUGCAUUCAAUUACUACAAGAGCCGCAAAGCCAUCUUGAAAUAUUCUAUGCAGCUCUUGCUACUAAGAAAUUACUCCAAUAUUAUAACGCUAUUAUGUCUCCAGAAACAAUAGAAAUGCUAUUUAAUCUAUUAAACUUUCAUGCACAGGAAUUAGAUAUGUCCGAGAAGAGGGAAGACCGCUCUACAUUUAACUUCGUCAUUGAUGCCCUCGCAAUGAUUUGUAUUUCUCAUACUGAGUUAAUACAAAAUAUUAAUCUCUCACAAGACAAACUAAUUAAAUUCUACAUUUCCGUUGCUGAUAUCUUUGAUCCAGAAUUCAUGAACGAUACUGAUUACUUCACAGAUAAAAUUUUUGAAGUUUUAUGUGAAGUAGAACCUUCUUAUGACUGGUGCGAGCUCUUUAGCAAGUAUUCCAAUAAAUUUUCAAACGACUUCCCAAGCAAUUUCUUGACUAAUCUUGAAGUUGUAAGUCAAGAUUUGAAUAAUCUCAAAUCUCUCAUAGAUAUCUCCUACGAUUACUUCCAAGAAUUCGACGAUCUUAAAGAGCCAUACAUUACAUGCCUCAUUAAUAUGAUAAAUAACAAAUUGGCCCAGACAGAUAAUGAUUCUACUACAAUCAGCUUCAUUUUCUCAUGUUUGAAGACAGUUAUCGAUUUAGAUGCCGAAUUCUACAUUGCUCAUCCAGAUUUCGCUAUCCAAACCUUCGACCAAGUACUUAAUAUUACUGAACAACUGAUUGAAAACACGGAUGAGAUCUUUUUCAUCUUGGAAUGGACCAAAGAUGUAUUUACAUUCCAACCCGAUGAUGAACAGAACGUUUUCCUGAGUUUAAUCCCAAGAAUGUUAAUAAUUAUUAUUCAUAUCGCCAACAACUUAUCAUACGAGGAGCUUUCAUCAGCCAAUCAGUUCAUUAACCUCAUAGACGCCAUGUCAGAGUCCAAAUACUUCAUUCCUUACUGGCAAGAACUUAUAACCGAAUUAACUCCAGGAAACAUCCUAAUUAUCAGUUGUCUGAACCAACGCUGCAGACCAGAGAUCUCCAAAGCGGUCAUACAACCACUUCUUUCUGCAGGAAUCAUCCCAUUUGGUUCAAGAUUCAUUGUUGAGUGCUUUGUCUUCUUCCCGCCCGAACUUUCCGACCAAUGCAUCCAAUACGUAUUGGAUUCCUUCCAAGAAGACCCUUCUCUCCUCAACGCGGAAUAUUUAGAAAAAUUAUCUUUACUUGCAGCGGACAUUUUCGCUCAAAACCUUCCUCUUAUAGAUAAUUUCGUCUCCCUCGAUGAUCAGGCAACCGCAGAACUCGUUCCUUACUUUUAUCUGAUUAUUAUUAUGCCAAUGAUGAAAGUUACAGACCAAGAGACCAUAAAAUCAUAUUCUACAUCCGCUCUGCAGAUUGUUACACAGAAAUUUGCCCAGAGACUUGAGAAAAAGAAGCUUCCAAAAGCAUUUAAGUUCAUUUUGGACAUGAUCCAACAUUACGUUGACUUUUUCCACGAGAACAACCGCGAGCCAAUCAUAGAGGACACAAUUGCUCAGAAAGGAAUCACUUACGGAGAUAUGAAAUAUUUUGUCCGACCAAAUUUGGAGAUUUGUAUCAGAUCGAUGCUUGACGAGCUUGGCGACAUCUUGUAUACGGACGAUAUCGACAUACAAGGUGACAUUAUGCAGAUAAUUGCUGCAGCAUCAGAUGCAGAACUACUUUCAGUAGAACUAGUUUUGGAGUGGGCGGCGGCGGCAUUUGAAAACUGUCCAUCACAGUAUAUCUAUUCCAUUUUAGACAGAGGAGGCGAUGCCGUUACAUCUAACUCCAAGAUCUUCAGAUCUCUUACUCCGGAAUACAUGCAACCAUUUCUUCAAUACAUUCCUCAGUUGCAGAAUGAAGAAGCAGCGAAACAAGCAUUUACAUGGAUCUACAAUUGUUUGCGGAUCACUAGUUUCAAUGUAUUAGAUCUUGUUGACACUGAUUUCUUCUCCAACUGUUUGAGUUUGCCAUUGACAUACGCAAUGCCUUAUCUAAUGGAUACAAUCAACUCUGUACUCGAUCCAUCAGUUGUUCAGGCAAGAGGACUUCAGAUGUGGAUAUCUCCUAUUGUUGAGAGUUUGAUUGAACACAUUGUUAAGGAUUACACAGGAAAUACAUUGGAAAUAGCAAUAGAAAAGUUGUUUAAUUGCGUGAAAUGGGAAUAUAUUCCUCCAGAAAGACUCAAAUAUAUUGUUCUAUUUAAUGAAACUGAUGAAUCAAUUAUCAACGAUUUCAAUGAAUACUUGAGAUGGUUGAUAAGCGAAGUGAUUGAUAAGAAUCCAAUAUAUUUGACCCAUAUUGUAAUAGGUUUCUCUAAGUUGUCGGCUGUUAUUAUUUUACGUAACAGAGAGAAAAAUAACUAA